CUAAAGGGGAUUCUUUGGUUGUGAGCACAAAAGCAGAGUAGGAGGAGUUAGAGUAGGAGGAGUCAAAUUGAGAGAGCAGCUGAUGAAUGGACAGGUCUCUUUGUUGUGUAAAUGUCAGCAGUGAGAGUUUGAGCCUCGGCUGCUCUGAUUGGUCGACUGAUUUAAACUGUAAGUGCAUUUAGAGCCACAGUUUAAACUGUCACAGAGAGAGAGAGGGAAAACACGGCUCAGGUUUCUGUCCCUCACAACAUCACUGUGAGUGCUGCAGUACCUAUGCCAGGCCUGUGUGUGCCACUGUGACGCUGCACAUGCACUCUUUACAAACUUUCAUUUUCUUACAUAAACUUUAUUUAUAUAUAUAUAUAUAUAUAAACGUUACAACGUAAACACCCCAGAAACAGAGACGGAAUAAAGAAAGUCAGGAAAAUAAAAUUCAUCAUAAAAAAACAAAAAAAAAAUGUUUGCGCAUUCUUCUGAAGUCAUUCUGAACAUGACAUCAUUUAAUUAUAUAGAUUUAGAUUGUUAGUGUAACUGCACCUUUAGUCUGGAAACAUGUGAUCAAUAAUACACUUUCUAAUUGUUCCUCUGAAAUCCACUCCAGCCUUUCCCUCAUACUCUGGUCCCACAGCAGCAUCAGUGGGACCAGAGUAUCACUCACUCACUCACUCAUUCACUCACUCACUCAGAGACAGAGCAGUGGAGUUGUUGUGGACCAUGUGCAGCAGUUUUUCAGACGUUCACAGUGAGAGGAUUACUGAGGAGACGUGGAUUCACCCUCUCACACUGAAGUGAUCUGUUACUGUCUGUCUGUCUGUCAUCAUGAGCUCGUGGGUCGUGAAGAACAGAAAAGAUCCUCAGUACAGACGACACUUUCUGACUGACAACAACAGCUAUCAAGUGGAGCGAUGCAUGAGUGUGAUGCAGUCUGGGACACAGAUGGUGAAACUGAAACCAGGAUCUAAAGCUCUGGUCAGACUUUUCUUCCUGGACGAACAUCGUUCUUGUCUGCGAUGGAAACCGUCACGAAAGAGCGAGAAAGCAAAGAUCACCAUCGACUCUCUGUACAAAGUGACAGAGGGAGGACAGUCAGACGUCUUCCAUCGUCACACAGACGCGACCUUUGACCCCGCCUGUUGCUUUACUGUUUACCAUGGAAACCACAUGGAGUCUCUGGACCUGGUCACGUCUAACGCAGACGAGGCCAGAACCUGGAUCACUGGCCUGCAGUUCCUGAUGGCGGGGAUCAGUGACGAGGACUCGCUCGCCAAACGUCAGCGGACACACAACCAGUGGAUGAAACAAACAUUUGAAGAAGCCGAUAAAAACGGCGACGGCCUCCUGAACAUCGAGGAAAUUUACCAACUGCUGCACAAACUCAACGUUAAUCUUCCUCGAAGGAAAGUCAAGCAGAUGUUUCAGGAAGCUGACACGGACGACCAGCAGGGGACGCUAACGUACGACGAGUUCUCCGUCUUCUAUAAAAUGAUGUCACUGAGACGCGACCUCUUCCUGCUGAUGAUGGCGCACAGCGACAGGAAGGACCACCUGACGGCCGAGGAGCUCGCCCACUUCCUGCGUAACGUGCAGAAGAUGAUCGACGUCACUCCAGAGUUUGUCGCAGAAAUCAUCGACAAGUUUGAAGUUUCUGACGAAAACAAACAGAGAGGAGUUUUAGGCAUCGAAGGUUUUACGAGUUUCAUGCGCAGCCCGACGUGUGACGUCUUUAAUCCUUUACAUCACGAGGUCAAUCAGGACAUGGAGCAGCCGCUGUCCAACUACUUCAUCGCCUCGUCUCAUAACACGUACCUGACCGGAGACCAGCUUCUGUCCCACUCUAAGACAGACAUGUACGCCUGGGUGCUGCAGUCCGGCUGCCGCUGUGUGGAGGUGGACUGUUGGGAUGGUCCUGAUGGAGAACCUGUGGUCCAACAUGGUUACACUCUGACCUCCAAGAUCCCGUUCAAGUCUGUCAUCGAGACCAUCAAUAAAUAUGCUUUCGUCAACAACCAGUUCCCGGUGAUUCUGUCCAUAGAGAAUCACUGUAACAUCCAGCAGCAGAAGAAAAUCGCUCAGUACCUGAGAGAAAUCUUCUCAGACAAACUGGACGUGGGAGAUUCACUGAGCAGAGACUCCAGGACUUUACCCAGUCCUCACAGCCUGCAGGGGAAGAUCCUCAUCAAAGGAAAACGUCUUCCUUCGUAUUUGUCUGCAGACGCAGAAGAAGGAGAAGUUUCUGACGACGACAGCGCUGAUGAGAUCCAAGAAGAUUUCAAACUGAAGAGCAGCAACGGUAACGGUCACCACCAGGUGGAGUCUCACAUCCGGAACAAACUGGACUCUCUACUGAAGGAAUCUCGCAUCGGAGACAAAGAGGAUUCUGACAGUUUCAGCAUCCGAGCUCUGCUGCGAGCCACACACCAGGGUCUACACAAGAACCUGCGGCAGAGCUCCAGAGGAGUUCUGAAGAAAUCCCAGAGCAGAUCAUUCAUCACGACGCUCAAACAGAAGAGACAUUCCAAAUCCAGACUGUCCUGCCAAAGUGUGGACAAGGAUGAGGACAGUGACGACAGAUGUGGGACGGAGGCUGGAGGACAAUUGAACAGAGGUGGGAGGAAGAGGAAGACGAUGAAGCUGAGCAGAGACCUGUCAAACCUGGUGGUGUUCACUAACUCUGUGGUGUCUCAGGAGUGUCUCAAUGAAGGGACACCGGGGGACGUCCUGUCCUUCAGUGAGACCAGAGCUCAGUCUCUUGUCCAUCACAGAACGGAACACUUCCUCACUUUUAACCAGAGGCAGCUGUCGCGCAUUUAUCCGUCAGCGUAUCGCAUCGACUCGUCCAACUUCAACCCUCAGUUCUACUGGAACGUGGGCUGUCAGCUGGUCGCUCUGAAUUAUCAGACAGAAGGACGGAUGAUGCAGAUCAACAGAGCCAAGUUCAUGGUGAACGGGGGGAGUGGCUACGUUCUCAAGCCGCCGCCCAUGUGUAAAGGCUCCUUUAACUCGUUCAGUGAUGAUCCACUUCCUGCUUAUCCUAAGAAACAGCUGCUUCUGAAGAUCAUUAGUGGACAACAGCUGCCAAAACCUCCAGACUCUAUGCUGGGAGACCGAGGAGAGAUAAUUGAUCCAUUUGUUGAAGUGGAGAUCAUCGGUCUGCCGGUGGAUUGUUGUAAAGAACAGACACGAGUCGUGGAUGACAACGGUUUUAAUCCAGUGUGGGAGGAGACUUUGUCCUUCACGCUUCACAUGGCUGAGAUUGCUUUGGUGCGUUUCCUCGUUUGGGAUCACGACCCCAUUGGACGUGAUUUCAUCGGUCAGCGGACGGUCGCCUUCAGCAGCUUAAUGCCUGGUUACAGACAUGUGUACUUGGACGGACUGACUGAAGCAUCCAUCUUUGUGCACGUGUCAGUGCACGACGUGUAUGGGAAGUGGAGCCCUCUAGUGCUGAACCCCAGCUUUACCAUUAUGCACUUACUAGGAUCUAACAAGGGUCAUCAGCUGCGAGGAAUCCGAGGUUUGUUCAACCGCUCGUCCAAAUCCUCGGGGCUCCGGAAACGCUCCAUCAGUGAUCAUCUGCUGCGACGCACGGCCAGCGCUCCGGCCAAAGGACGGAAGAAGACAAAGAUGGUGCUCUCAGAGUCUGUGGCUUCAAUAUCCGAACAAAGGAAUGGCCCAGGUGGAGGAGGAGGAGGAGGAGGAGGAGGAGGAGAGGGCAUGUCAGUGAAGGAAGGAGGCGUGCAUACGCGUCUCCAACCUCGUCCUCCUCUCGUCCACAGACCCAUGUCCAUGCCUUUAGAGAAGCUCCUGCAGGGGCAGCUGUCGCUGUGCUCCUCUGAAGCAGACUCCAUCGUCGGAGUUUGUCCCCUCACCAGGCCCCGGUCUUCAUCUGCUGACCUUUUCGUCAAAUCAUCCUUUUCUGUUGGACCAAGUGUCUCCUCCUCAUGUAAGGCAAACACAAUACAAGACUUUGGCCAAUCAGAAGAGACUUCAUAUCUGGUUAUUGGUGGUGGAGAAGAAAGAAAGGAAGAAGACUAUGCAAAUUACCUUUCAGAAGAUAAUGAAACCAACAGAUCAAAGAUGAUCUCCACAGGAGCAGAGAGGAACUGUUUGGUGUCACCUUCCAUAAACAGGAUAAGACCAGAGAAACCAGAAUCAGCAUAUAACAGCACAACCUUCACAGUUGCCCCUUCAGUGUCCUCCUCCUCCUCCUCCUCUGUGGCUCCACAUCCCUCUGUCAGUGUGGACCAUGAUGUCCAUGAUGUGAAGAGUCCCAGCUCUGUGUGUGACAGCACCAUAUCCAGACUCAUCGAUGCCAUGUCCUUAGACCGUGAGCAAGACUCAUGUGGUUCCAUCUCUGCUCUGAUUGGUCAGUUUGAAACCACUGCUGACCAAAGUGGUUUCUCAACAACUUAUCAUUUGAGUCCCUCCCUUCAGGCAAACCUCAGAUCCACCACUCCAAAACCUCUGCAAGAUUUAAGUUCCACUCCCAAGACCAAUGCAGCUGUUCUUAACAUGAAGCACCUGGUAAAUUCCCAACAGGUUCCUCAAAACAUGAAUACUGUCAAUCAUGAACCACCUGCUCCAUCUUUGUUCUCCAGUCCAGAAACCGCUGAGCUGGAGGAGGUGUACACCAUCCUGGACGAGGAGGUGCUGUCACCUGUGUCAGUUUACCACCUGAGGAAACAGAUUCACGUUCAGGCCGAGGCUGUGGAGAACAGUCUGAGCUCCUCACCUGCUGAAGAUGUUCAGGGUUUAGAGAAAAAUCGCAGUAAUGAUGUGAACAGAAGGUUUGGAAGUGAAGAGCCUGAGGAGGCAGAAGAGAGAGUUUACGAGGAGGUGAAAGAUCUCACACCAUCUGAGACAGAAUGGGCUUCUUCUACAAGGUACGACUGUUACAAGUUUUUCCAUGACACAGCUAGAAAUAACUUUGGUGAAGUUGAAAUUAAUGUUGAUGAGGAUCCAGUGGAUAUGAUGCUGACCUCUUCAAGACAUUGCAGCCAGUGGGAUGAGCUAAGAAGUCCAACCAAACGCCAUGCUAUCUACCAAAACCAUGAGUCCAUUCACAACUACACCCAGCACAAACAGAACCUGUCACAUCAUCACUUCACCUCAUAUGCACCUCAUGCAGCAUUUUCAGAACAUCUGUCCCCAGUGAAUCGACCUUCGUAUCAGCUGACCAAUCACCAUGGACACCCCGACAACGUCCAGCCUUCACUCCUCCACAGAACGUCCACCUCUCGUCAGCCUUGUCACAACAGUCUGUCCAGUUCUAAGACCUUCAACAAGAGCAGAGACACACAGAGCUUCUCUCAGCAGCAGAGGAGCUUCAGCAGCAGCCAGAUCCUCGACUGGUCUCAACAAAACCAGCCUCAGUAUCAACAGAAGGAGCAAACACUGAGCGUCCACAAUGGUUUCUCUUCUUCUGAAAGUCUUCAGCGUCAGUCUGCUGCGUCUUUAAACACCUGUAGAGACAGAGGGUUGAAUACAGUGUCUUCAGACGGUGAUGCGGUGUACAGCCACGUGGACUAUGACUGCAUUAAACCCUCAACAGAGUCCUCGCAGUCACACACACAAUCACACACGCUGCAGUCAUGGAACCAAAACGUCCAGGUCUCCAACCUGAGGCUCCAGCCUGAACCCAGAGCUUCAAUUCAGUCAAACUUAACUUCUUUAGCUGCUCGUUCUCACUCGGUCAGCACAGAUUCCACCGCUCGCAGCCAGAGUAAGUCCAAGUCUCUGGGAGAUCUGACCUCUGAAGACAUAUCCUGCAACUUCCAGGGCAAAUACCACAUCAUUAGUCGCAGUUUCAUCUCCCCUCAUGUGAGGAAGCAAAAGAGAGCGGCCGCUUUGGGAGAAGUCUCUUUCCAAUCCCAAUCAUGUGAUCCACUCACAGAACAGCUGCGGAAGCUGGUCACGUUUGAGGUGGAUGACCGUGAUGGAGAAACACCUCCGUUUCACCAUGAAGUAAAACCCUCAGUGUCCCAGCAGCAGGUAACAAGUGUAGCUCCCGAUGAUUCCCCUCCGCUUCUCACCCGUCGUCUUUCUUCCAGGAGCCAAAGUCGUGUGCGUCACAUCAACAGCCGAGCGCGCGAAAGACAGCAGGAGUCGCUGAAGACCAAUAAUCAAUCCAGUGUUGGUGGAGUGGUUUUCAGGAACAAAGCAGCUUCACAGAAUCCACCAGCGAACAGACACUCCACCGGUUCUUACAUCGCAGGUUGUUACUUUGACGAGCUGGAGGACCGAGGGUUUCCUGAAGGGGCGUGUACGUCCCUGCGUCAUGGAAACGGAGAUCGUUCUUACACCGACGACACUCUUACAAACUCCUCCAACUGUGCGUCUGAGCCUGAGGUCUACUUCCUGCUCCGACUGUAGCUCUGACCUUUGACCUGUCCAGCACUGAUUCUUGAUGAUGUUUUGCUGUGUUUCCAUCAUGGUCCGGUUCAGUUUGGUACAGUCCUGGGUCAGGCUUGUGUUUUGACUGAGAACAGAACCUUUACUUGGUCUGAAGGUCGCCUAGCGUGACGUCGUAGCGGUGCGACGACAACGAUGGAGGACGUCCAGCACUGACUUGCAUGAGAUGUUGACACCCAAACAGCUGACUGUCGUGGGUGGAGCCGGUCUAGCUCCGCCCUACUUUACCGCACCACUUUAGUGAAGGGAGACCUGGAAUGGAAAGGUUCUGGUUAUUUUGGUUCUGUUUCUAAUGGAAACACAAAAACAAACAUAUAGAACCAAACUGAACCAGACUGAACCAAACUGAACCAGGCUGAACCAGUCUGAACCAGACUGAACCAAACUGAAUCAGACUGAACCAGUCUGAACCAGACUGAACCAAACUGAACCAGACUGAACCAGGCUGAACCAAACUGAACCAGACUGAACCAGGUUUCCACUCGAUGCAAACACAGCUUUUCAUUGUUGUUAAAGAGAAACGAUCCACAGUUAAAUACGUGUUUACAGACCAGAAUGUUUCCGUUGUUACAGAGAAAUUUCAUAUAAACCACGGUUGGAUGUGACAGCAUGAAUCUCGUUUAUGAAACAGUCUUUAUUGUAAAUGUAUUUGGAAACUGUGAUUCCCUCCAAAUUCUCGUGCUCUCUUUGUCCUUGUGAUGUAAAAACUGUGAACUUUGACUCUGAAGCAGAAAAGAAGUUUAAAACAGCGAGAAAACGUGUGAAUGUGUAGAAUAAUCCAAGUUUGAAGUGAUGGAUCAAACACGAGUCUUCCCUCGGUUUUCAGUGGUUGUGUGAAUAUUAUUGUCAUUGUUUUGAAUCACAGAUGGAUUGUGUGUGUGUGUGUGUGUGCGUUUCUGUUUGUGCAUGUUACCUGUGAACAUGUCAAGCAUGUGACUAUGCAUCACUUUAUACAAUCGAUGUUUUAAUAUUUGCACAGAACUCAGUGUGGUUUGAAAUGUGUGCAAUAAUUGAGAAGAUUAACUUGGACACGUGAACUCUGCUGUCUUUGAUUUAUAGAGUCAGAAAAACACAAUUCAAAGAUUUGGAUUUUAAAGCUUUUUAUUUUUAUAAUUGCUUUGAUACAGACUUCAGACAGAAUCUGUGUUGGCUGUGGUUAUUUUAUUAUUUUACUCUUUUCAUUAUUAUUCCGUCCUUUCUUUCUUUGUAUUGUUGCUCAAUGAAAACUCUGAGCAUUUUCCUACAAAUGCAAUAAAAUAUUGAAUCUUUGUUUU